CUGUCUGUUGAAGAUCCUAGCCAAUGGAAGAAGCUGAUCUAUGGAAGCCAACGUCCAAUCCCUGUCGCCGUUCUUAGUAGGCGGCAUCGGGUGGAGAACUGCUGUUAGUUUGCGCUGUGUUUAUUGUUAAGGUUGUGUGGAUUAGCACUGCGGUACCCAGCUCCUUUCCAUAAUAUCAACUAUAUAGCUUAAAGAUGAAGUAAAGACACGCGACCCCAUCCUGAGAUGACAGCAGGCGUUUCCAGUUGAUUGCAUGGAAGGACCAUAUUGGAAAAAAUAUGAACACUGAUGAAAGAAAAACCAUGAUACUGCACCAAAACUGAUCCACACAACUGCUGCAAAGGAAUUCACUCAUCUGUGCUUCUGUGAUGGCCAACUCAGUGGCCUUAGUGGUCCAAGCAGAACUCUUACCAACUCAGUCAACGACCUCCCUCUCUCCUUUCCCAUCCCUCCUUGGUUCGGGAGAGGAUGCUGAGGACGACGGAGAUAGAGAGAGCUGGCAGAAGGCGACAAGGAAGUCGUGGAGGGUGGGGAAGAGGUGGUUCUCGACAUGGUGUCGUCGUCCGUGUCAGGGCCGGCCCAACAGGCGGAGCAGACAGACCAUCCCUUUCAGUGUAUGGACUGUGGGAAGAGCUUCAGGUCGUCCAGGCUGACUCACCAUCAGCGGAGCCACAACAAGAGACCGUACCGCUGCACCAUCUGCCCCAAGGCCUUUAAGGGCUCCUCUGCACUGUUGUACCACCAACGCUCACACUCAGGAGAGAAACCUUAUAAGUGUCAGGAUUGUGGCAAAGCCUUUAAACGCUCCUCUCUGCUCCAGGUCCAUCAGAGUGUCCACACAGGAGUGCGUAUCUUGUGCCCAUAUUCCCUGACCUUCAAAUGGAGUUCUCACUACCAGUACCACCUGCGCCACACCGGAGAGUGUCCGUACCCCUGUGACACCUGUCCCAAGGCCUUCAAGAACUCAAGUAGUCUGCGGACAAAAAAUGUUCACCUUGGUCUCAAGCCUUAUACCUGCUCAGUGUGCAACAAAUCCUUCACUCAGUCCACUAACUUGAGGCAGCACAUGAGGAUACACACAGGUGAGAGGCCCUACAUCUGCAGCGAGUGUGGACGCAGCUUCACACAUUCAUCCAACCUGGCCCUGCACAAGAACUCACACGCCAACCUCAAUGCAGGAGGGAAGGAGGGAAAGAGAGGGAAGAUACAAGGCAGGAGAAUGAGAUAUCAGGAAGGAAGUGAUGGAGUCGGUGUGGGGAUGGAAGAAGUGUUCCUGUCAACCAGCUCAUCUGGUCAGAAUCCAGGCCUCCUACCGCAGCUCACUCUCACCUCUUCUGGGGAGAAUGCAUGUACAUCAAGGGCCAUAGGGACAGAGGUUCACCUGAGCACAGACACCGGGGCCAGUGUGCUGCUAGCUAGAGGAGCACCAGUCGAUCCAUAUGGCUCCAGGAUAACACAGGACCAGUGUGGAGGUGGGGCCUGGGGCAGGAUGGAGGUCGGUGAUGGACUGGUGGGAGCAGGACACCUACUGGCUGAUUUGAGGAGGUGGUGGAGACGACAACAGUGGGUGAAAAUGGACAACACGACAGAGGUGCUCCUUGGGCUGACAGAGGGAACAGAUGGAAGCAAUGCAAAUGUAGGCACCACCCAGGCUCAGUUUGACCUGCUGCAGAGCUUCACCGAGGUGACUCAGAGCUCAGAGAUCGUUCAGCCAGAGGCCAGAGAAACACAUGGGCAGGGCUAUCAUAUGCACUCUCUCUCAUCACAGUCUCGCUCCCAGUUCAGCUGCUCUGCCUGUGACCGCUCCUUCCCUCUUCUCUUCUUCCCUCCUCACCUCAUCAACACUCCAUACCCCUGGAGCAAAGACUCCUGGCUGAGGCAGAGGCUGAAUCGUAUGCCCUCCUUCCCUUUCCCUGUCCUCCCCCUGCCCUCCUCUCCCAGCCAGGCUGACAAGCAGCAGGAGGGCCAGAGGGAAAUCCAUGUUGACAAUCAUCGCCAGAGGCCAUACCGCUGCUCAGAGUGUGGAAAAGCCUUCAAAGGUUCAUCAGGGCUGAAGUACCACAUGAGGGAUCACACAGGGGAAAGGCCCUACCGCUGCACUGAGUGUGGAAAGAGCUUCAAGAGGUCAUCACUGCUUUCAAUCCAUCAGAGGGUUCACACAGGCGUCCGGGCAUUCCAGUGCCCUCACUGCCCUCUCACUUUCAAAUGGAGCUCACACUACCAGUACCACUUGCGGCAGCACACAGGUGAGAGGCCGUAUGUGAAGGAGUGUGGCAAGUCCUUUAAAAACACCAGCUGCCUGCGAAGACACAGUCAAAUGCACUCUGACUGCGACCCUCAUACCUGCUCCAUCUGCUCAAAGUCUUUCUCGCAGACCUCAACCUCAAACAGCAUGAACGGACCCAUUCUGGUGAGAGACCCUUCCAGUGCACCCACUGCAAUAAAAGCUUUACACACUCCUCCAAUCUCCAGCUCCAUCUUCGCACACACUCCUCAAGCAAGGACUUCAAAUGUCCGUACUGCUCCAAGGAGUUCGUCAUGCACUCCUACCUGCAGAGGCACAUUCGCACUCAUGGCAGCAGUGUACCACUGUCCUGCUCUAAUGGUGGAGGUAGAGAUGGAGUGACUGUGAAAGCCAGUGUUGGAGGAGUGACUACCACCACGACCCUGCUCAACCCCAUCACCUCUGGAAACCUCAGGAAACCAAGGCAGCCUGAUUGUGUCCCAGCCAGCACUUAAUAUCCCACCCAACACCUCCCAGAACUACUUUAUGAUUCAAACAGUUAGCGGCCUGCAGCUCAUUCCUCUGUCAUCCCCAGCACCAGCCCCUCCACCACCACCUCCUCCACCGCCACUCCCUCAAUCCCAACCCCAGAAUUUCUUCCUCCUGCAGUGCCCCUCCAACAACAGCGGCCAGUCCAGCUUGAUUCUCGUCCCCACGGCAAACAACCCUCAAACAGCUACAGAGCCUCAGACCCUCCCUAUGCUCCAGACUAUCCAAACACUCCAGCCUGUCCUAAACCAAACACAGACCCAGAUCCCCCAGAUUCAGACAAUAUCACAGCAACAGCAGCAGACCAGGUUCUACAUCACCAACAACAAUAACAAUGCAAACACUCAUAUUGCCACGCCAACACACACUCUCAUAUCUAACUCCUUACUAACCAGCCAAUAUUAGGGAAAAGUACCCGGACUGCACGGGGCAGACGGGGGCGCAAACCCAAAGCUGCUCUUCAAAACUCUGCAUCAGUGGCGGUCAGUGAGGCUUCAGGGGCAGACUGUAACAUGCCACAGUGUCACACAGACUGUAACAGAGUCACUACCAUCAUCAUCAUCAUCAAUCCCUGCUGUCCUCAAACUUGCACUACUGUCCCAAAUCUUUCAUCGUCCACCUCUGUAGCCCCCACAGUAUUACACCUCAGGACCACCAUCAACAGUUACUGUGGGUUACACCAGCAACAACAAACAACCACAUCGGUUUCUUCCCUCCUGUCCUUGGUACUCUGGAAAGUAAACCUCAUCCCCCAUGGAGCAAUAAGGACAGAGGAGACUGUGGCAGGGAAAACAGUUUGUGUUGGUUUUUGAUAAUGAGGAGCAAGGAAAGGAGGGGAUGAAUAGGGAAGAGGGUGGAGAAUCGUAUGUGUUACAGUUUCAAGGGGGAUGCAUCAGGAGAAGGGGGUGGAUGGAGGAAUGGGUGGGGAGGGAAAAUCAUCUUGUGCUGCAGUUCAAGACAAAUGGGCAAGGUGAGGGAGAAAAGGGGGAAGACAAGGGAGGAAUGAUGUCACUCCUGCAUGAUUGGGGUGGAGAAAAGCAUGUGGAGGCACAGACAGGAAACAGCCAGCCAGGGUGAGUCCUAUGUCCUGCGAUUUCACACUGAGGCACAGGAGAGCAGCAGGUCCAGUGCUACCUUCAGCCAAGGACAGGAAACCAGCCUCCAGAUUUCCUGCACACCCACCAAAGUUUGGUGCCUCUUGAUGGACAGAGGUGGUGUUUGAACUUGGGAGUGAGGACAAGAUGGAGCAGGACACUGAGGAGGGUAUGCAGAUGAUAGCUCUUAUUGAUGGUGAAGGGGGAAGUGUGGGAGAAGAAGGAGCGGGCUGCAAUUCUGCACGUGCUGAUGGUGGCUGAAGGUAGAGGAUCCAUGGACCGUUUAUUUCAGCUGGAAGGUGGAGAGGAAAUUGUCAUAAUUGAGGUCAGCACUAGUGGCUUAAGAGGAGGGGAUGGAGAAAUCUCCCAAAGUAGUGAGGUGAAAUAUGAGAGUGUAACAGCAGAUGCCAAGGAAAAAGUCAGUGAGGCUCAACAGACAACUCAGAGGUACAGACGUCAACUGAUGAGACAAGUAGAGAUGGAACCUAUACCUAACUCUAAAAGAGGUGCAUUUCUCUAGCUAAAACCAAUGAGUGUGGUUAGAGAAGAAGAAACUAGUGUGUGUGAGAAUGUCUCACUAUCUGUGGGCUCAGUGUGUUUAGCACCUUAGACAAACUCAGUUCUCCUUGUACUGAGGGAGAACAUGCAGGUAAAUGUGUUGUGAUCCCCAUGGUGCCACGUACUAGAAAUGUUAUACAUUCAAAUAGGCUUUACAUGGACCUUGAAUAUUCUUAAAUAUAUAUAGGUUUAAAUGAUACUGUCAUUGGCAGUUUGUUUAUCAAGUAAAUACAUUUUUGUGAAUAUGAAUGUUGUACAUAGCCUGCUUCCUUGACAUUGUCAAACAGUAAAUAGUAAGUAAUUAUGAAUAAAUAUCUUAAUACAUUU